GUGCCGUAGGUAGCGGGGGCGCUAGUAUCUAUGCACAAUUUGCCAAUCUUCAUACUUUCUACAUUAGUUCCAUGAUAAUCCGGCAUUCAUUCCUUUUUCAGAUCUAGGACGUCCUGCUGGAUUCGAUUGCAUUGCAUUGCAUUGCAGCUGUUGUACGGGCUGUGACUAAAAAAACCAUAAAUGUCAAAAAUGGGUAAAUAAUUGGCAAGACGAGAAACUCGAUAAAAUUGGAAAAACAGCUAGAAACAUUGAUUUACUUCUUAAUUGAGUAUGGUUGCAUAACAUGCCCGUAAAAACCGGCUGUUUCUGUUUAUCUUCUCCGUAAACAUGAGUUAUUCCAAUAUAAACAUAAUUGUUAAUUCGUGUCUAAAAUUAGAUCCUGGGCUCCGGCAAAAAUUAUUAGGUAACUGGAAUAAAGACUUUUUAGCUAGCUGCCCACCGACUUACGGGCGCUCAUUUCAUUCAUGUAAACAAUUAAGACAAGCUCAAAAAGAUGCAGUUACGGUGCUACCAUCGCCUCAAGAAGUUACAGUAAUUUUACGGAAGAAUGAGUUUAACAAGGAAUUUACAUCUGGUGCAGUUAAGUCCUAUGAUUCCAAUCAACUGGCAUCAAACGAUCCCAUUGAAGAUACAAGAAGCGAAGCUCAGUGCAAGAUGACAUCAGGUCUCUUAAUGGGAAUUUUCGACGGCCAUGGUGGACCAGCUUGUGCUCAGGUGAUCUCGAAGAGGCUGUUAAACUAUGUGGCUGCUGCGCUACUUCCUUUAAAUGAUCUAAAGAAAUAUAUUAGGACUGAACCAAAAGAAAAUUUGCUGGACACUUAUAAUGAUAGGGUGGAAAUUGUAGAAGAUUUGAAAAUAAUGUAUGAGAACAGUUUCAAAGAAUAUUUACAAGAAUUAUCAAAUUUACCUAGAGAGGGUACAGACAUACGUGCGUCAUUGGAGCAAAGUAUUAUGAAAUUAGAUAGUGAUAUAUCAAAAGAAGUAAUUGAACCCUUCAAAAAAUCAGGCACCAUUAACCCCAAGACACUAUCAGUGGCGCUGUCUGGAGCAGUCGCAUGUCUUUCUCAUAUUGACGGACCUCAUUUGCAUGUAGCUAAUGUUGGUGACUGCAAUGCUGUGCUAGGAACCUUGACAGAAGAUAACGAAUGGAUUGCAAAAAAAAUCACUAAAGAGCACAAUUCUGAAAACUUUGACGAACUGAAAAGAAUAUGGAAUGAGCACCCAGACAGUGAAAGAAAGACUGUGAUAAGAAGAGACCGUUUGCUCGGGGAGUUGGCCCCACUGCGCAGUUUAGGUGAUUAUCGUUACAAGUGGUCUCUGGAGACUUUGAAUAACGUGGCCGUCCCACUGGUCGGCCAAAGAGCCGUACCUCCCAACUAUCACACACCGCCUUAUUUAACUGCACUGCCAGAUAUUUAUUACCAUCGACUCACAUCGAAAGAUAAGUUUAUGAUCAUUGCCUCAGAUGGGCUGUGGGAUAUGAUGACACCCUUGCAAGCGGUGAAGUUGGUGGGUGAGCAUAUGAAAGGCAAAGUGUUUUUCAAUCCGCUCAAAUUGCCGAGAAAGAAUAUACAGUUGGGGGACAUCAACGAUUUGUUGUUACACAGAAGGGAGAGUUUGAAGAGUAAGCCGAAGGAUAGGAAUGCAGCGACGCACUUGAUUCGGCACGCGAUCGGCGGGACUGAGUAUGGCGUGGACCACUCGCGCUUGGCGCACUUGCUUAGCUUGGCGCCCGACGUCAGCCGUAUGUUCCGCGACGACAUCACGGUCACUGUCGUUUUCUUCGACUCAGAAUAUCUCAGGCAAUGUCCCACCUAAAUGUAUCAAUAUCCGUCUAUCAUACAAAGCAACGACUUGGGUGCAUCACUGUUUACAAUCGAAAUUGGACAGUGCCGUUUUAAUUUUAAGAACACCAUCACAAGAUUGUCUGAAUCGUGUUUAUGUGUGUGUGGAUUGUUACAGUCCAUUAUAUCCAUGAAAAGGCGUCGAUUUUCAGAGAUUCUUCCAAUAUAUGCUUCCAUAAAUAUUAUCUUGAUGUUUAUAUUUCCACUGAAUGAAUAAGAAACUGGAAAGAUAUGAAAUGAGAAAAUAUUACCCACUUGCUUGGAAAGGUGCUAAUCUUCGUACAUAUAGACUUAUUAUUAAGUGCACUCCUUAUGCAUCAACCAACCACUGCAUAUAAGCUAAGUAAGUUUCACAGCCCUUUUUUUAUUGGAUUCCCGUGAGUUCAAGAGUUAUUUUUACUAUCCUAGGACCCAGGUGUUAUAGCAAAAGAAAUUCUUUUUGCAUGGCUUAGCGUUCCAUUUGUUUGCUCUGUGAAUCAACAUAAUGAAAAAAAUACUGCAAGUGGCUAUAAACUGAAAUAUAAAAACAUUAGUUUUUUAAACUACUGGCCUUUAUUUUAGUUGUGUUAUGUAGUUUAUUUUUGUUAUUUAUUAUUUAAUACACACGAACAAUGAUAUGAUCUGCUUAAAGAUAUUGUCAGCCGUUUUAUACUAUUAUUUGAAUAUGUUUUUAUUAAGUAAUCUUAUUUAGCGGCAUUAUUUUCUAUAUUAUCGGGCCGUAGCUGAGCUAUGCGAAAGAAAUGUGAAAUAUGAUAUUUUCGCUUAUUUCAAUGAUACCCGCAAAAAAGAACAUAUUAUUAUUAGGUAUUUAAUUUGAAAUCAUAAUUUGGCGAAACUAAAGUCACAUUUUUAUAUGUUGUUUCUAGCUGUUUUUUAAUUCGCGUGGUUCUAAGUUCGCUAUUUCGGGCAUUCUGUAAAGAUUAAUUAUUUAAAAGAAUAACUUUAAUUCAGUGUUUUGCAACUUAGAAAAAAAAAUAUUUGGCUAUUAAUAGAGAAACCGGCACAUGAAAACGCCGACUUCAUAAAAACUGUGUCAUAAUUUUGUUAUUUAUUAAAAAGAGGGCUUUUACUUUGAAAUGCUUCUCCUAAUCCUGACUAAGCGAAAUCGAAAUAAUUAUAGUGAAACUACCUCAAAUUUAUUUUUAACGUUUUUCUGUGUAGGCUUUGCUGUCUACGAACCUGCUAACUCUUAACAGAAUAGACUAUUUGAUACCAUUCCUUAAUAAUUUGAAAUCUCAUUUUUUUUAAAAAGACUCAUUCUGGUCUUAAAAACUUAAUUCAUUUUAAAUUACCUGUAAAUUAGGAUUUUUCGUUGCAUUGUAAUUGAAAAAAAGUAGUUUGAGUUGACAAAAUAGUGACGUCACUUGCUUGUAUUGCCAUACAAAAUUUAUGGGAGUCUCGUUUUGACAGUUUUAAAAAGUACGUCAAUUGACUGGUGGUGUCAACACGUCAAUAGCAACUCUGAAAAGCGACGUCAAGUGUUAUUAGAAUGUAUAAAUUGAUAUAAAUGAUGAUAAUUUUAACAUUGUUGUGAUCUUAACAAUAUACAAUAUAAAAUAAUAAUGUCAUGGUUAGCAAUAACAUAAUUAUACAUUUAUAAUAAUAAUAAUUUAUUAUACUUUUAUUAUAACUACUAUGAUUAUUAAAUUGUAAUCGUGUGUAAGUAGUUGACGCUGUUUGUAAUAUAAAAUACAUCACGCUUUCGUA